AUGAGGGAUGCGGCGGCUGACAAUGUUAUGGCCCACGCUAAGCUCAUCGGAUUCGUUGCCUCGCAUGGCCUUUCAGAGCACUUUUCCCUUCAUCUCAUCCAUAAACACUUCGACAUCCCAGAAGGUCGGAUUAUGGUCUACGAGGCCAUCAAGGGACUAGCUCGAGCUGAAUUUGUGCUCUGCAGCCCUCGCAAGCCCGAUGACUGCACUCACUUGCGUGGCUUGUAUUCCAUGGACGUCUUCGCAUUGACAGACAAGAAUCUUCGUCAAGAGGUUCUGACUGAGUUUGAGAUGUCCGAACUCCUUUCCACAGUUCUUGCCCACGAUCCUACUUGGCUGCCCCAAGACUUGGAGCCUGGUCAGUUCACGACAACAGAUUGGAUCGCAACGGCUGACUAUGCCGCUUACGCUAAAGGUCCCAGUCCUGCUGUUCCCGGAAUAAUUGACCUGAAGUGCUUGAGGACUCGUGUUAAACGCCACUACAACGUCACCUGCAGUAGGACCAAGUCCGGUGCUCAUUACCAGGGCAGGCCCGUUCACAAUCGAGAGCUCCUUCUCGACGGACAGCCUUUACUUGAGACCUGUGAAGCAUACAGAAUCUUCUCCCAUGCUAGGAAAGUAGUUUCAGCAUCAUCAAGUCCAUUGCACAGCCUCGAGGAGCUGCCUACUUUCCCAAAUUGA